UCAAGGGUCACCACGGCCAGUCAGUCCACUCUCUGUCCUUCUCGUCAACACUCUGCUCCAUCUUCCUUUUGCACAACCCACCACGUCACGACUACUACAUCGCCCCGUCGCGCACCUCUUCACCCGCCGCCUCUACUUCUCAACAAAGACAGCAGCAGCAAGCAUGGCAGACCAGGUGCAGGUCAUUGACGAGUACGUCAUCGGGCCAGAGUACACGCCCUUCUUCACAAAGCGUUGGGUGCCCGUCGCCGAGCCCCGCGCGUACAUCGUCUUCGUGCACGGCAUGGCCGAGCACAUUGGGCGCUACGACCACUUCUUCCGCAAGCUCGCGGCCGCGCCGCACAACCUGCACGUGUUCGCCUACGACCAGCGCGGACACGGCAAGACGUCGUACGACCCCAUCACGGAGACGGCGCAUGAGGUGGCCCAGUGGAAGGCCGACGGACAGCCGUACAAGCUCGAGAAGAACGCCAAGCGCAAGACGGGCGGCUGGGCAAAGGCGCUGCCGGAGAUGGAGUUCUUCAUCAAGCGCGAGAGCAACCGCGCAAAGAAGACGAACGGCAAGCUGUUCCUGUACGGCCACUCGAUGGGCGGCGGCCAGGUCCUCGCGUUUGGGCUCCGCGCGCAGAACCUCAUCCAGCCCAAGACGCUCGACCUGCUCUCGGGCAUCAUCUCGUCGGGCCCGCUGAUCCGCCAGACGACCCCCGCCAGCUUCAUCCAGGUCAAGGCCGGCUCGAUCGCCGCCAACCUGCUGCCCAACAUGCUCAUGAAGAUCCCUCUUGACGUCAAGGUGAGUGGCGUGUACUCGGACGAAUCGGGCGUUGCUAACAAGCCGCAGCACUUCACCCACGACGUCGCGCAGCAGGACCUUGCCGCCAAUGACCCGUACAACGAGCCCAUCGGCUCGCUCCGCGGUCUCAGCGACAUGCUCUCGGGCGGCGUGUGGCUUGACUCGCCGGCAGCGUGGAACGGGUGGCAGAAGCACCUCCCCCUGCUGCUCUACCACGGCGGCGACGACCCGAUCACGGACCCCAAGGCGACGGCGCGCUUCGGCGACAAGGUCGUCGCGGACGACAAGACGACGAAGAUCUGGGAGGGCCUCCUUCACGAGGUGCACAACGAGUCGGAGCCUUUCCGCACCGAGGCGGCCGAGUUUGUCGCCGCCUGGAUCGAGGCGCACCUCGACGGCCCUGUCCCUGCUGCCGAGGUGGCCAUCGCGUCGCAGGCCGUCUCGGCCGCUGGCGCUGCCGAGGAGAGCGCGCGGUCGAAGCUGUAGCCUGGCAUUUUGAGUGUUUGUGGCCAGCUUUAGAAUGAGUGGCAGAGUGUGACAGGACGGGGACGUUAGUUCAGGCGAGCAUUUCGUGCACGCCGCGCUCGUGCAGCUGCUGCAGUGUCCGUAGCAAGAUGACAAAGACUACAUUAGGAGCGAGCGUGGUGCUCGGGAUGUAUAUAAUAGUAC